UAAGACUUAAUUUAAUAUUAAUAUCUAAAUAAUGCUACGUUCAUAAAAACUAAACUCACAACACCAUUUGACAACCGACACAGCUGUUAUAUUUGUUUCUUUUGUUUGAAAACUCAAGCAACGGUGCAUUUUGAAUAUUUGAAACAGUGUUCAUUGUCUAGAAAGUAAUUUCAUCUAAUAUUUAGUUAAAACUGUAGAUUUCCGCCAUGGAAUCUGCUGGUUUACUAAAUUACCAAAGGAAUAAAGUAUCAGAUUCUUCUAGUCUGACUCCAGUAAAGCCUAGGCUUGGAAGAUUCGUCGAUGUUUACUCACCCGAGCAUCUAAAUAUAACACCAAGACCAAAACCAAAACUCUGUUUCACGGAAGCUAGGGAUGAGAGUCCAAAUUUACUUACGCCUGAAAAAGAUACCGAAGUUGAAUUUAAAUGCAGAACUGCAAAACCUCAGCAGCGUUUCAAGAAUGUUUUCAGCAACUGUUCAUUUGAAGGCAACCAAAGCUUCCCACGUCUGAGUCGCAAAGUCAGACCUAUUAGGAUGGAAUUGGAGACACCAACUAAGGUCAAACAAGCUGUAGAUCUCGUUAGAGUUGAUGGGCCAAAUGGGCUUAGAUUCAACACUUCCCUAUCAACUGAUGUGGCUGGGUCCCCUGCACCGUCCCAGACUGAACGCCUGCAACAAACCAUCAACCCAAGCAAGGCUGUCUUUACUAUAGAACCUAAUACUUCUAAGAUUCUAAUAGUAAACAACAAAGCAUGCUCUUUACUUGGCUAUUCAUCUGGAGAGCUAUGUGGUCUACGCUUCUCUGAUCUGCUUCGCAAUAGAAACUGCAAGGCUUUUAGCUUACAUGACCCGGAAGACGGCGACACUUCUGAAGACGGAACUAUUAUUUUGCUCAGUGGAAAGGUCGUAGAACUAAUUUCGAAGGACGGCGGCUCGGUACAAGUUUCGUUGUGGAUAAGACAACUUGAUAACGACGGACCUUGCUUGGUGGUCGCCGAGCCUGUCAACUGCAAGAGUGUGGUGCUGACGGUGGAGGCGGACACGGGCGUGGUGGUGGGCUGCGAGGGCGCGGCGGCGGCGGCGCUGUUCGGGGCCGAGAGCCGCGACAAGCUGCUGGGCGCGCCGCUGGGCUCGCUCAUACCCAGCGUGCGCCUGCCGCCCGACGCCGACGCGCCCGUGCCCAGGCACAUGGCCAAGCAGAAGCUCACCGGCAGAACUUUGGACGGUGGCUGCUUCCCUCUGUGCUUAUGGAUUUCCAAACCAGACACCUCGGACAGUUCACCAUGGUCCGCUAUCAAAUCACACAGGCCAUUAUUUGAGAUCAAUGUCAGGGUCACAUACAACGUCAGCGGUCUUCUAGUCGUAGAUGAAAGUGGUAUAAUAACCGCUUGUAAUCACCAUUUCGCAAUGUUGACGUUUGGUAAAACCCAUUCAGAAGUGAUUGGUCAUCAUAUCGAAGACGUCAUACAGAACUUCUGUCAGGAAUCUGAUCUUGUGAAGAUGCCAGAACGAAGUAGGAAUAUGACUCUCUCGCCCGUCAAUAAUGACAAUAAUGGAUCAGCAUCCGAAACUGAUGACGACGAUUCGUGUGGAGCCUUCAAUGGCAGUCAGAAAUCAGCGUGUAUGUCUCUCAACGUCCAACCCUCCCUUCUCUCAACAACUCGGGAGAAGUCCUCAAGCGCCCUCUGUCUCGACAAGUCCUGCAGCUUGGUCACUCACACGCCGACACCCACGCAAGACAUGGUCUCAAGUAUCAGUACAACGGAACAACGAAACGACAUAUCCGCCCUACCCGACGUGACAUCAGGAAUGUCCGGAAUAUCUAUUGAUGAUGAGAACUACUGUCAAAGCAGCAUAUCGAAGUCUCGAUCGGAGAAUAUCCUGCGAUCUGAACAAAGUAACCCUGCGAAACCAGCGAAUAAACCUACCGAGAAGUCUGACUCAAUAUACUACACUUCACAGCAUUCUCAAGAAGUUACACCAACUGGGAACACACCCAGAGUGAGACUAAACGAUCCUUCUUUAAGACUGUCCUUCGAUUCCAGUAAAUACAGGUCAUUGAAAGCCAAUAUGACGGGGAAGGACGAUAAGACCAGUCUGUCGUUAGAUUUCUGUGAUUCCAAUGAAACAAGUGCUGAUUUUCUGACUCCUAUAAAUGAGAUGCCUCCUCCUGGUUGUGAGAUCGAAGACUUGCCGAAGCAUAAUGGCAACGAAAGCAUCGAAAGUUUAAGUAAUGAUAUUGAUUUGGAAACGCAAACAGAAUCGGCGCCUAGAAAAUUGUUUACAGACGAGCCCCCGGAGCGUCGCGCGGCGCGGUCGCAGGUGACGACGUCCACCCCGCAGGCCGCGCGCCGCCCCGAGCCCGCCGACCCGCGCGCGCCCGACGGGACCUACCGCGGCCUCGUCUUGCACAAGGACGGCACGCAGCUCAACGUAGUGUACACGGUGUCGAGCAUGCAGUUGGGCGGGGCGGGCGCCGCGGGCGGGACAGGCGGGCCCCGCGUGCGCUGCGUGUGGCUGGGCGUGCUGCCGGGCGCGCGCCACACGGCGCUGGCCUGCAGCCUGGCCUCCACCGCAGACAACUCGCUCGUGCUGGCCACGCACACCGCCGGUAACAAAUCCAACAGCAGCAGGCCACAGUCGAUGUCGUUGAUAAGCCAAUGCGGUGACGAGCAAGUCGCCGGCGAAUACAACAAACACUUCGUUACUCUUAAACAGAUAGGUAAAGGCGCAUACGGCUGUGUCAAAAUGGCAUACCGUCGCUCUGACCGCCUUCUCACAGUAGCCAAGUUCAUCCUUAAAGACAAGGUAGGCGCACAGUUCUGGGUGGACGGGCCCGACGGACGACGCCUGCCGCUCGAACUCAGCCUUCUACUCACACUCAAACACCCUAACAUUGUGAGCGUGUUAGAAGUGUUCGAGAACGAGAAGUACUUCCAAAUGGUGAUGGAGAAGCACGGCGCCGGCAUGGACCUGUUCGAGUUCAUAGAGCGACGUCCCAGACUCGACGAGCCGCUGCUCAGCUAUAUAUUCAGACAGAUUGGUCAAGCAGUAGAGUACCUCCACUCCCUAAACAUUCUCCAUCGCGACAUCAAGGAUGAGAAUGUGAUCAUAGACAACAAGUUUCACGUCAAGCUGAUCGACUUUGGUUCAGCGACGUUCAUGAGCAAAGACAUGCUGUUCUCAACCUUCUAUGGGACAACUGAGUAUUGUAGUCCGGAAGUACUAGCAGGAAACAAGUACGCUGGUCCGGAGUUAGAGAUGUGGUCAAUGGGGAUAACACUUUAUGUGCUAACAUUCUUUGUUAACCCGUUCUCCGACAUCGAAGACACCAUACAAGGACCUCUAGCGUUCCCGCAAUUAGUUUCUGAAGAUUUAGAGCAACUCCUCCGCUGGAUGUUAUGUAAGGAGCCCAGCAGCAGGUGCACUAUCACUCAGCUGAUGGCUCACCCCUGGAUCCGUCAGCCUGUCGCCAUCAGCAACUACGUGUUCCACGAGAUUGUUGACUGCGAUCGUCACGAGGCCAAUCCGGAAAUGUACUUCAGUGGUAGUCUUGGCUCACCUCGUAGCAUUUCUCCUGUGUCGUUAGCAGAUCCUCUCAUUAAAGAGCGCUCGCACCCGUCGGAGCCGCUGGGCCGCUCCGAGGGGCGCGCGGAGGCGGCGCGCGACGCGCACAGGCGCGCGCCGCCGCCGCACGCGCCGCACGCGCCCUCCGCCGAGCGGGACGCGCACUCCGACAACUACAGUCUGCGCUCCUCCGCUGAUAUCCUGGACAUAUCCUCGAAGCCGGUGUCGGACGCAGCGCUAACAGACAUCAGCUCGGACGCUACAGGCCACGCCGCCUGUGACAUCGACUACGACUGCGACCAGUACGAGUGCGACAGCUGGGACGAGUGCGAGCAGGAUAGCUUUUCUUAGAACAUACUCGCUUCAAGGGUAUACUAACAAAACGAUACUAAAGACAACUCAAACGUCUAUUAGAUGUGACCGUUAGAACUCAUGCUGUCUCUGUCACCCAUUAAUAAAUCUUGUGAUGCGGGCUACGUCUUAAUGUUACCGAUAAACUCCCGGAAUGUUAACAAGCAACGUAACAGACUUUCUUUAAAUAUUAAUAAGAUGGUGGCUAUUCAAAACUCAGAGACAGCAGGAGGUUGUAGCGACAUAAAAGUGAUCCGUGUAUUUCUUUGCUUGAUAUAGUCAUGAUGCAACAAGUCAACAUCUAGUCAGUGACAAUGAGAUUUAAGGGCUGAAAUCAACGUAACAAACUUAAUUACAAAGAGGUUUUCACUGUUUUAGUCCUCUUUCUGCAUUGUUCUUGAUGUAACGCUCUACAAAAACAGCUGGGCAAUGUGAGUGUCCAUUUCUUAAUUAGACUAUAAUCGUUUAAUUAGGGCGAUAUACUAUCUUAAAGGAGCUUGCAAUUUCUUCACUAACACGAUAUUUAUAGUAAGCCUUCCUGCUUAAUACUAGCACCAAUUAGGAUAAGAACAGCCGCGUAAUUAUGAUGAUUAGCUGUUGCUCGCUGGUUCGCCCGUCUUUACCACAGUCGUCGAAGAGUAGUCUAUUAUGUGUUAAUCCGAGGUGUAGGUUACGUGCAAACCAAAGGUCAUCGAAAUCGGUCCAGCCGUUUGGACGUGAAGAGGUUACAAACAGACACAUAAGUGUAAACUCACAUACUUCAAAUAUUAGUGUGAUACUUGUACCUGUGACCUGUCUGUAUAACCCAGAGCAUAAAUCAUAGUUAUGAUUUUAAAUUGUCCAUUAUAAAUCUUGUUGCUUCAUGUACUAUUCAUAAUUUAUAACUGAGCAUAUGAAAACUUAAGCCAAAUAUUGGAAGAGACUAUUCUAUGUAUACAUUUAGAUGCUGAUUUUUCGGAGUCUAGAUAUAAAUUUUUAAUCUGAUAACAGAGACGUCGAUGUAAAAAGCUUUAUAAAUGGUAAUAAAAAAUGUGCUCCAAAAUAUGUUAUGAAAUUGAUAAAUGUCGAAUCAAUUAUUUACUAUUAUAAUAUUCUUAAUAUUUGGUUGAUUAGAUUGUAUUAAAUCAGAAACCAUUUAGAAUUUUAGAUUGGUGCGAGAAGCGAGACCAAAAUUAUAUAAUAGGCGUAGUUUUGUUGGAAU